UUUAAAUUCCUGAGAUCUAGUUGGUGAGAGACGUGAUGUCCUACCGGUUGCUGUCAGUUGUUGGAAGACAAAGAGCCAGCCCAGGAUGGCAGAACUGGUCCUCUGCAAGAAACAGCGCGUCAGCUGCGGAGGCACAUUCCAUGGCCCUGCCCACCCAGGCACAGGUGGUCAUCUGUGGAGGUGGAAUCAUGGGCACAUCUGUGGCCUAUCACCUCUCCAAAAUGGGGUGGAAGGAUAUUGUCCUUUUGGAGCAGGGCAGGCUGGCUGCUGGCUCUACCAGGUUCUGUGCUGGCAUCCUGAGCACUGCCAGGCACUUGACCAUUGAGCAGAAGAUGGCAGACUACUCAAACAAACUCUACCAUCAGUUAGAGCAAGAAACAGGGAUCCAAACAGGUUACACAAGGACAGGCUCAAUCUUUCUGGCCCAAACUCAGGACCGACUGAUCUCCCUGAAGCGCAUCAACGCAAGGCUGAAUGUCAUAGGUAUCCCUUCUGAGAUCAUCUCCCCCAAGAAAGUGGCCGAACUUCACCAUCUCCUCAACGUGCACGACCUGGUGGGGGCCAUGCAUGUUCCUGAGGAUGCAGUGGUGUCCUCUGCUGACGUGGCUCUUGCCCUGGCAAGUGCUGCCUCCCAAAAUGGUGUUCAGAUCUAUGACCGGACAUCUGUUCUUCAUGUAAUGGUCAAAAAAGGUCAAGUUACUGGAGUGGAGACAGAUAAAGGACAGAUUGAAUGCCAGUAUUUUGUCAACUGUGCCGGCCAGUGGGCAUACGAGCUGGGUCUGUCCAACGAGGAGCCGGUUAGUAUCCCGCUACAUGCCUGCGAACACUUCUACCUCCUGACUCGCCCCUUGGAGACCCCUCUGCAGAACAGCACACCAACUAUUGUGGAUGCUGAUGGAAGAAUUUAUAUUCGGAACUGGCAGGGUGGCAUCUUGUCUGGGGGCUUUGAGAAGAACCCGAAACCAAUUUUCACUGAGGGCAAGAACCAGCUGGAGAUUCAGAAUCUACAGGAAGACUGGGAUCACUUUGAGCCUCUGUUGAGUUCCCUUCUGAGGAGGAUGCCAGAAUUAGAGACUCUGGAGAUCAUGAAGUUGGUGAAUUGCCCAGAGACCUUCACACCAGACAUGAGAUGCAUCAUGGGCGAGUCUCCUGCAGUGCAGGGCUACUUUGUCCUGGCAGGAAUGAACUCUGCUGGCCUUUCAUUUGGUGGAGGAGCCGGAAAGUACCUUGCCGAAUGGAUGGUACAUGGCUAUCCCUCAGAAAACGUUUGGGAAUUGGACCUGAAACGUUUUGGAGCCCUCCAGAGCAGCCGCACCUUUCUGCGCCACCGGGUCAUGGAAGUCAUGCCUUUGAUGUAUGAUCUGAAGGUUCCCCGCUGGGACUUCCAGACUGGUAGGCAGUUACGCACCUCUCCUCUCUACGACCGGCUGGAUGCACAGGGAGCCAGGUGGAUGGAGAAACAUGGAUUUGAGAGGCCAAAGUACUUUGUUCCCCCUGACAAGGACCUCCUGGCAUUGGAGCAGAGCAAGACUUUCUAUAAGCCAGAUUGGUUUGACAUUGUGGAGUCUGAAGUCAAGUGCUGUAAGGAAGCUGUGUGUGUCAUUGACAUGUCCUCUUUCACAAAGUUUGAGAUAACAUCCACUGGGGAUCAGGCAUUAGAAGUUCUACAGUACCUCUUUUCCAAUGACCUGGAUGUGCCUGUGGGCCACAUUGUACAUACCGGCAUGCUCAACGAGGGUGGAGGGUAUGAAAAUGACUGCAGCAUAGCACGACUGAACAAGCGCAGUUUCUUCAUGAUCUCUCCAACCGACCAGCAGGUCCACUGUUGGGCUUGGCUUAAGAAACACAUGCCGGAAGACAGCAACCUGCUCCUGGAGGACGUCACCUGGAAGUACACAGCCCUCAAUCUGAUUGGCCCUCGAGCUGUGGAUGUGCUGUCCGAGUUGUCCUAUGCCCCUAUGACUCCAGACCACUUCCCAAGCCUCUUUUGCAAGGAGAUGAGCGUGGGCUAUGCAAAUGGGAUCCGCGUGAUGAGCAUGACGCACACAGGAGAGCCAGGAUUCAUGCUCUACAUCCCCAUAGAGUACGCCCUGCAUGUGUACAAUGAAGUGAUGAGUGUUGGCCAGAAAUAUGGAAUCCGGAAUGCUGGGUAUUACGCUCUUCGCAGUCUCCGAAUUGAGAAGUUUUUUGCCUUCUGGGGUCAGGAUAUAAAUAACCUCACCACGCCCCUGGAAUGUGGACGAGAGUCUCGGGUGAAAUUAGAAAAGGGCAUGGAUUUCAUCGGUCGUGAUGCCCUCCUGCUGCAGAAGCAGAAUGGAGUGUAUAAACGCCUCACCAUGUUCAUCCUGGACGACCAUGACACAGACCUAGACCUUUGGCCUUGGUGGGGAGAGCCCAUUUACCGGAAUGGGCAGUAUGUUGGCAAGACCACCAGCAGUGCCUAUAGCUACAGCCUGGAGCGCCACGUUUGCCUGGGCUUUGUGCACAGUUUUUCCGAGGACACAGGGGAAGAGCAGGUGGUGACAGCAGAUUUCAUCAACCGGGGAGAGUAUGAGAUUGACAUCGCGGGACACCGCUUCCAGGCCAGGGCCAAGCUCUACCCCGUCGCCUCCCUCUUCACCCAGAAGCGCCGAAAGGAUGACAUGGAGCUGAGUGACUUACAUGGGAAGUGAUGCCAGGGCAGCCUCACCUUCUCCCCAUCAUCUUGUCCUGGAGCGGGCGUCACCUUGGAGCUUUUCUUCCUUCUGCCUCCGUUCCUCUUAUGGAGCUUUUGCCUCCCAUCUCUCAUCUCCUUGAUAUAAUUUUGAACUUGACCUACUUUAAAAAUUUUUGCCCUGCAACCUUCCUUGUCCUUCCAUCUCCUCCUCCUAAUAUUCACUCUGGACUCUUUUUCCCUUCCCACCCCCACUCAGCUUUCAUGGUGGCAGGAGGUGUGUCUGACAGGCAGGACAGAAACAAGCUCCACUGUGGACGUGAGUGACAGUGACAGCUGCUUUCAAAUUCUGCAUCUCAAAGCAGAGCAAGCUGGGGUGGUGCAGGCCUCGGGGCACGAGUCCCUCUCCCUUGGGUUCCAUUUUCUUGGAGCAGCCUAUUAAUUCUGCUGGGGUUGCCGUGUUGUCGGAUGCAGCUCGUUCUCCUGUUCCGCUGUGCUGUGAGCUGGCACUCGAUACCUCUGGCAAGAGGAUGAUCAUCUACCUCACUGAUGAGAGGCAUCGCACGGACGUUCUCUGGUCUGCAGUGGAGAUAAGCAGUUAACCGGGCACCACCCUCAUCCUCCCUGCAGAAGCCGUUAGCAGACCUUUGGGCCAGGGCAGCCUCCCUAUAAUUUUCUUCAUCUCUUGCUGAUCUCUAUAAUAAGGUUGCUUUUUCUUUCUUAGUUGAGUAAGCAAGUACGCCACAGUGGUUGAAAGGGAAAAACCAUGUUGCCUUGUGUGUUGCUUUUCCUAGUCAAAAGGGUCUGACCUCAGAAUGUCCCCGCCGCAGUGACGCUGAGUGGUCUGCUGUGGAAAUGAUGCUGCUUUUCUCUCAGCUGUCCAAAGUUCAGCCGUCCCUCCCUCCUUUUCUCCCAGUGUGCCUGACUUUGUCAGGUCAGCCUCACCUGUGCGCUGCACAGAUGGCCCAUAAAGUCAUGUUUCUCUCCUUUUGGAACAGGGAGGGAAAGGGAUCAGGUGUGUUGUCCUGGGCCCUUCAACCUUGCGGGCCGUGCUGAGUUCCAGAGAGCUGCCAGAAUUCUGGGUUUGACUCUCCAGCACAGAGCAGAGCUCCGCAGAGGUGACCCACAUUAGUCCACUGAGAGUUCUGAGUCCGAGGGGUGUGCGUUGCAUAAGGCUAGAGACUGCUUUUCCUCCUUUCACCGCAGGCUCUUUGUUUCCCUCCACCCACCCUUCCAUAUCCUCUGGAAGACGACGUGCGUGCCCAGGAGUGCCCUGCACUUUCAGGCAGUGUCUCUGUUUUCCCAAGGUGAAACUUAGAUAUCAGCAGUCCAGCCUCAACACUUCAUUUUCCCCUUGCAUAUCAACUGCCCUAAUCUGACUUUUUUUAAGUGCAAACAAACUGCUAUAAAACAUUUUGGUUAG